ACUCACCACUCCGUCGAGCAAUCAUGUCUCUCUCCGUCCACCUUCGUCCUUUCAUUUCCUUCUCAGAAACCCACUCCAACCCUUCAAUUCUCACACCCCGGAUGCUCACAGUCUCUGUUCCAACAAAGCUCUGGAAGCUCUCCCCUAUAAAAUCUAUUCAUGGAAAACAUGAAUUUCCCUCUGCUGUCUCUGAGAAGCCAAGGUGGGUAAAAGUGCUUGACACAGCAGCAAGCCUGUAUCCACUCUAUGUGACCAUUGGAGGGAUCGUUGCUUGUGUGAAACCAACUGCUUUCUCAUGGCUUGUGGAGAGAGCCCCUGCUUCGUACAGCUUCUCUCUUGGGUUUAUUAUGCUGGCAAUGGGUCUCACGCUGGAGCUCAAGGACCUCUAUAGCUUGUUCAUCCAAAGGCACUUUUCAAUACUGUGCGGAUGUGUUGCUCAGUACACAAUUAUGCCAUCAUUGGGAAUGAUUAUAAGUAAAUCCCUUGGGCUUCCUCCUUCUAUUUCAGUUGGUUUGAUUUUGCUUGCUUGUUGCCCUGGAGGUACUGCAUCUAAUGUGGUAACAUUAAUUGCUCAAGGGGAUGUGCCACUGUCCAUUGUAAUGACUGUAUGUACCACUCUUGGAGCAGUAGUUCUCACUCCUCUCUUGACCAAGAUUCUAGCAGGGACUUAUGUUCCUGUUGAUGCCAUCAAGCUUUCCAUCAGCACCCUGCAGGUUGUUGUUGCUCCAAUUCUGCUGGGUUCUUAUAUGCAGAGCUCAUUUCCAGCUGCUGUACAAAUUUUCACACCUUUUGCACCCCUCCUUGCUGUUUUAGUUUCAUCGUUGCUUGCUUGCAGUGUAUUUUCGGAAAAUGUUGUUCACCUCAAAUCAACUGUACUGAGUGCAUCUUGGCCCUCUGAUCUGUCUCCACUGCUUCACAUCCAAGAAAUACUCUCUGGAGAGUUGGGGGUUGUAAUAUUGUCUGUGCUGCUAUUGCAUUUUGGAGGUUUCUUUGUGGGGUAUCUUUCAGCAUAUAUUUGUGGGUUUAGAGAAUCACAACGACGAGCAAUUUCAAUUGAGGUCGGCAUGCAAAAUUCAUCGUUGGGUGUGGUCCUUGCCACCUCUCAUUUCACCUCUCCUAUGGUUGCUUUGCCCUCUGCAAUGUCAGCUGUGAUUAUGAACAUAAUGGGUAGCAGUCUGGGAUUAAUUUGGAGAUAUAUUGAUCAUUCUGAUUCCAAAACGACACCUAAAGUUGAGAAGGUAUGA